GUUUUACUGCUAUUUCUACAUUAUUUUCUUGCUUUUCCCCUUAUUUUACAUUUUGAUUUCUACUUUCUGUUUGUUUCUCGGGAUUCAGCUUCUGAGAUUUUCUACCUUUCCAUUCCUCAAAAUAAAUAAAAAAUAUUUCGCUGAAAACUCUGUUUCUGGGCUUGUCAUUCUCUUAAAUCGCUUCUGAUUUUCCGGCAAAAUCAUUUUUAUAAUAUAACAGGAUGCUUUAGAAAGAGUGUGAACGUUGAGGUUUUUGAUUCUGUUUGGUUGAGAUUUACGUAAAGAAAAAACAGUGAAGAAGUUCACAGGGUUGUACCAUUUUUUAUUGAUUGAAUCAAUUAAAUAUGAUCUGUUUACUGAGUGAAUCUUUAUUAAAUUCAUAUUGGUAUGAGUUGUAGAUAUGAGAUGAUUUUAUAAAUUUAUGUAAUAUCAAUGCUGAAUUGAUCUAGUUAUUCAAGGAAUUUAUUACAUAAUUGGUACCAUGUUGCUUCCAUUUCCAAGAUUUUUAAUAUCUAAAAACUGUUGAUUUGAUUUUUUUUAAUGAAAGCUGUAGACUAAGGUAUUAGGAGGAUUUUAGUGACAUCUCUUAACCAUGCAUAUAUUAAUAUAGUAUUUGCACGUGUAAUUCCCAGGGAAGCCUAGAUUUAGAGAUAGGCGACUAGGUAUAGGACAAAUUGGAAAAAAGAUUCUGGUCAUUAAGACAAGUAGGCACAAAUCUCAGUAAAUCUGAAACAUGUUGCAGAAAUCCAACGGUUGUUUUAAGCUGUUGCACUGCAAAAAGAAAACAACUUUUCAGUGCAUUGUUUGCGUGAAGCCCUUCUUUCCUUCUUUCUUUAUUAUACUGACUUUUAUCAUUUUUUCUGAUAGAACAAAACAUAUCUUUGAGGUUAUAUUCCAACAUAAUUCAUUUAUAUGGGUUUUAAUUAUUCUUUUGUAUUACCUUUGUGUAAUUGUAUCAUGUUGAAAAAGUGGAGUAAUUUAUAUUAGUGAAGUAAUGACGAGAAAUACUACUACAGAAUAAAGCCAUUGCAUGACAGUGCACUCAUUGGAUAGCCACGUGAAUAUGCAAAGCUCAUGAAUAUGCUGUUUCAUAUCAGAUUUUCACUUUGGUGGUCCCCCCCAAAACCCUCCAAUAAGCUCAGCUAACCUUACUUUAUUUUUAGACUUCUUUUAGGGUGUGAACAGUGAAUGCAUAGACCCUAAAGAAUCCUAAGAAUUUAUGCAACUCUCAAUUUUCAGCAUUUUGGUUGUUAUUUAUUUAUUAAUUUCCGGUUAAUUGGUACAAUUGAUUGGGUUGAAGGAGAGAAGGGUAUUUUGAUUUUUAAUGUUGUGGGGUCAAAUAUGGCCAAUGGUUAAAAGUUAUAUGGAACUUUGUUGGAAAUUUCAAGUGGGACAUGGACCACAAUGGGGGGCUAUUUUCAAGUUUCAACUUUGCUCAUAUGGAAUUAGAAUAUUAUGCAUGUUGUUUACCUCCUGUAUUCUAUAAAAAUACAGCACAUCUCCAUUUAGAUUUGUGCUCAUAUAGGAACUUUUGUAUGAUGGAAGCGGUUAAGCCAUCGGCUGUUACUCCGUCAAAGAGUAAAUGGAUUCGAUCUUUAUCAAAAGUUCUUCACCUGCACACGGCUACUGCUGGGAUUGUGCCUGAUGAUGGGGUUCAGAAGGUUAAGUCUAAAGACACCGAAGAAUGGAAUGACAGUAAGACCGCCAAGAGAUUAUCUAAGAAAUUCGACAGUUUACACGACGAAGAGCUCGAAAGAAAGGUGGCUUUGGAAGCUCUUAUUGCGAAAAUAUUUGCUACCGUUUCGGCUAUUAAAGCAGGAUAUGCUCAGCUGCAGCAUGCUCAGUCACCGUACGACGCUGAGGGGAUUCAAGCUGCUGAUCAAUUGAUUGUAACGGACUUGAAGAAGUUAUCUGAAUUGAAGCAGUGUUUUUUGAAGAAGCAGUAUGAUCCUUCUCCAGAACAUACAAUGAUUUUAGCUGAUAUUCAAGAACAGAAAAGUCUUUCCAAGACCUUUGAGAUUAUGGGGAAGAAAUUGGAAUCUCGGCUGAAACUCAAAGAGUCUGAGAUCAUUUUUCUUCGAGAGAAGUUGGACGAAUCCAAUAAACAUAACCGGUUGUUGGAGAAGAGAUUGAAUCAAAGUGGUCAGUUAUUUGUACUCGACAACCUUCAGCUAUCAAGCUUAACUCCUAGCAAUUUUAGUACCGUUCUUGGACAGACUGUUAAGUCCAUUAGAAGUUUCGUCAGGCUGAUGCUCGAUGAAAUGAAGUCCGCUGACUGGGAUAUCAAUGCGGCCGCUAGUUCGAUAGAACAAGGCGUGGUCUACUGGAAAGCAGACGACAAAUGUUUUGCAUUCGAGUCCUUCAUUUGCAGGGAAAUGUUCAAGGCCUUCCACCAUCCUUAUUUCUCUCUUUACGGAAACUCUGUAUCUGAAGGGAAGAGACGUCCACAAGUCUUCUUCGAUAGAUUUAUGGAAAUGAAAUCCGUGAAAGUCAGGGAAUAUCUAGCCGUGAAACCCAAGUCAACAUUUGCAAAAUUUUGUCGAACCAAGUACUUGCAAGUUGUUCAUCCUAGGAUGGAAUCAUCCUUUUUUGGCAAUUUGAGCAAUAGGGACAUGGUGAACUCCUAUCAAUUCCCAGACACUAUGUUUUUCGCCUUAUUCACGGAAAUGGCGAAGCGGGUGUGGCUUCUGCAUUGCUUGGCCUUUGCUUUCGAGCCAGAGGCAUCGAUCUUCCAAAUAAGCAAAGGGUGUAGAUUUUCUGAAGUAUACAUGGAAAGUGUAGCUGAGGAAGCAUUCCUUUCGUCGGAAUCAGAACCACGGGUGGCUUUCAUGGUUGUUCCGGGAUUCAGGAUCCAUAAAACUGUAAUACAGGCCCAGGUCUAUCUGUCUCAGUUGAAGACAAGGUAGCAGUGGUAGUCACAGGGAAUAUUUGUGAACUAAGUUUGGACCCACAACAUAGUUAGAGCUGAACUGGAUGCCAUUUUCUUGAUUCUUAUUCUAGUAAAUUAGAUGAGGAAAAUGGGAAUGCCUGGUUGCUGUAGGUGUUGUGGGGACUUGAAACAUGGUUACCUGGGCAAUUUGUCUCCUUGUUUAGUGGCCUUAAAAGGCUUAUUCACUGGUAAUUUCUUUGUAAGGCACAUCCCUCAAUUUUGUCAAUAUUAGGCCAAUGAUGUUUUAGCUGUUUUGCGUUAUUGCCUCAUUUGAUGCGUUUCUAUAUAUGUAUAUAAUUAUAGGUUGGAAAGUUUCAAUUUUCA